AUGUGUUCCGUUAUUAAACGAAUUGCGUCGAAGAAAAUAGUCGAAGCCAUCAAAAAUGACUACGCAUAUAACAUUAUCAAACGAACUAUGUGUGACCUCGAAUUUUGGAACACUAUGUCGGAUAACUGUGUUGUUAUUGAACCUGCAGUUUUACAAGAACUUCGCACGAAACGAGCACGUCGUGAUAGUUAUCAACGAAUUAAUUCGGGCGAAAUCUAUCAAUCGUUCUUUAUGACGCAUACAUGCUAUGAUUGUAUGCCGAAAAGUGGAAAAGUUCUUUUACUUGAUGCACGUUUAUCAAUUCGCAAAGCUUUUUUUGCGCUUGUGUUCAAUAACGUUCGCGCUGCGCUUGUCUGGCAUGCACCAACAUCAUCAAAUAUUGGUUUAAUUACCAUAAGCGAUUUUAUUAAUAUGCUUAUUGCUGCUUAUGAUACAAAAUGGAAUAGCCUCGACACUUUAGAAACAUCGUCGAUUUUAGAAUGGAAACAAGAUUUACAUAGAAAAAGUGGACUGACAGAUGAUCAAUUGGGUUUAAAUAUUAUUCAUCUCGGUCCGGAGGACAAUUUGUACACGGCCAUAUUAACGAGUACUGAGCAUAAAAUUCAUCGAAUACCUGUUAUUGAUCCACUUACUCACGAUUUUUUGUUUCUGAUUACAAAUAAACGCAUCCUGAAAUUUCUCUAUCUAUUCAUAUAUGAUUUACCUCAACCGCCGUUCAUUCAUCAAACAUUGGAAGAGCUAAAACUUGGCACUUACGAAAAUCUAGUGUUGAUUAAUCUGCAAACGAAACUCAUCGAAGUUCUUCGCAUAUUUCAAACGAUUCGUAUUUCUGCCUUACCUGUCGUUGAUAAUGAAAAACGCUUACGUGAUAUCUAUUCUAAAUUCGAUAUAAUGCAUUUAGCUGCAACACGUACCUAUGCCAAUCUUGAUGUUCCACUUUGCGAUAUACUUGGUGUAAUUCAUGAUCAGAAUACACAUCAACUAGCGACAUGUAAAAUGGGCGAUCAGUUAUUCGAAUUGAUGGAUAAAUUCGUGACUCGAGAAGUUCAUCGAUUGAUUAUAGUAGAUGACGCUCAACAUAUUGUCGGUAUUCUUUCUAUGUCUGAUCUCAUGAGAUUUCUCGUAUCCAAAUUUAAAAAAUUAGAUUCGACUCAUUCGAAUAUAUACGUGUCAAACGGACAUUUAAGUGUACCGACGUGCGAAAGUGAACCGAUGGAUACUUGA